UCUCCCGUAAGAUGGCGGCGGCGGCAGCGGCGGCUGCAGCGGCGGCAGGAGCAGCUGAGCUGUGAGCGGAGUGCGCGGCAGGCGGACGCGCGCUCGCCCCACCUCCCCUCGCCACCUCUAUGUUGUAGCUCUUAUUGCCAGUGGGGGCCGAGGGGCUGCGGUGAGGGGUAAGCCCGAGCCUGCGUGCCUCGGCGCCGGCCGGUCUCUGGCAGGGCGGGCGGCGCUGGUGGCACCGGCAAAGACCGGUGCCGUUCAGGUAGAGCAGCACCUUCGGCAGGAGGAGGCUGAGGCUGCGGUGGGCGGGGGCCGCUUCUGCUCUUUCCUGCUUGCUCGGCGUUGGCUGCGGCUCCUGUCUCAAUGUCGGACAACCAGAGCUGGCACUCGUCCGGUUCCGAGGAGGACCCCGAGACCGAGCUCGGGCUGCCUGUUGAGCUCUGCGGGGUGCUUAGCAAGUGGACUAACUACAUUCAUGGGUGGCAGGAUCGAUGGGUCGUUCUGAAAAGCAACACACUCAGUUAUUACAAGUCAGAAGAUGAAACAGAGUAUGGCUGCAGAGGCUCUAUCUGUCUGAGCAAAGCAGUGAUUACACCCCAUGACUUUGACGAAUGCAGAUUUGAUAUUAGCGUGAACGAUAGUGUUUGGUACCUCCGAGCUCAGGACCCAGACCACAGACAACAGUGGGUAGAUGCAAUAGAACAACACAAGACGGAAUCUGGCUAUGGAUCAGAGUCAAGUUUACGACGCCAUGGCUCCAUGGUGUCUCUUGUUUCUGGAGCAAGUGGGUACUCUGCAACGUCCACCUCUUCGUUCAAGAAGGGCCAUAGCUUACGUGAAAAGCUUGCAGAAAUGGAAACCUUUAGAGACAUCUUGUGCAGACAGGUUGAUACCUUACAGAAAUACUUCGAUGCCUGUGCAGAUGCAGUUUCCAAAGAUGAACUCCAGAGGGACAAAGUGGUAGAAGAUGAUGAAGAUGAUUUUCCUACAAUGCGUUCUGAUGGGGAUUUUUUACAUAACAGUAACAGCAGUAAGGAAAAAUUGUUUCCGCAUGUGACACCCAAAGGAAUUAAUGGCAUAGACUUUAAAGGAGAAGCUAUAACUUUCAAGGCAACUACUGCUGGAAUCCUUGCUACACUCUCUCACUGUAUUGAACUCAUGGUAAAACGUGAAGAAAGCUGGCAAAAAAGGCUAGAUAAGGAGGUAGAGAAAAGGAGAAGAGUUGAAGAAGCGUACAAAAAUGCUGUGACAGAACUGAAGAAGAAGUCCCACUUUGGGGGGCCAGACUAUGAGGAGGGUCCUAAUAGUCUGAUUAAUGAAGAAGAAUUCUUUGAUGCUGUUGAAGCUGCUCUUGAUAGGCAAGAUAAAAUGGAAGAACAGUCCCAAAGUGAAAAGGUUAGAUUACACUGGCCAACACCCUUACCUUCUGGAGAUGCUUAUUCUGCUGUGGGGACUCACCGAUUUGUCCAAAAGGUGGAAGAGAUGGUACAAAACCAUAUGACAUAUUCCUUGCAAGAUGUAGGAGGGGAUGCCAAUUGGCAGCUAGUGGUUGAAGAAGGAGAAAUGAAGGUAUACAGAAGAGAGGUGGAGGAGAAUGGAAUAGUUUUAGACCCUUUGAAAGCAACUCAUGCUGUUAAAGGAGUCACAGGGCAUGAAGUUUGCCACUACUUCUGGAACGUCGAUGUUCGUAAUGACUGGGAAACAACGAUUGAAAAUUUCCAUGUUGUGGAAAAUCUAGCUGAUAAUGCAAUCAUCAUUUACCAGACACAUAAGAGGGUGUGGCCAGCUUCUCAAAGGGAUGUGCUGUAUUUGUCUGCCAUAAAAAAGAUACCAGCAUUCAGUGAAAAUGAUCCUGAAACAUGGAUUGUGUGCAACUUUUCUGUGGAGCAUGACAGUGCUCCUCUGAACAAUCGCUGUGUCCGUGCCAAAAUAAAUAUUGCUAUGAUUUGUCAGACAUUAGUAAGCCCACCAGAGGGGAACAAAGAAAUAAGCAGGGACAACAUCCUAUGCAAGAUUACAUAUGUAGCUAAUGUGAACCCAGGAGGAUGGGCACCAGCAUCAGUGUUACGGGCUGUGGCACGACGAGAAUAUCCAAAAUUCUUGAAGCGUUUCACAUCGUAUGUGCAAGAGAAAACAGCAGGAAAGCCUAUUUUAUUCUAGUGUUAGCAGUGAUCAGAACAAGACUGGGUGAACAUUCCACGUUGGAGAAAUGACCAUGCAUAGAGCACUCCAUGCUGGAACGAAGGAUCUACAGUCUUUUUUUAUGGCCCAAGUUCUCGGCUUUGUAUUCUGAAGUGAAGAAGUGUUGCAACAUCACAAGCCUGAAUAUUUAACACUAGCUCUCUCCUGCUGACUUCUCUUGCUGAAUCAAUGUGUAGUUAUAAAUACAUGUAAUGAUAACAUGUAUAUGAGUCUAUUUUUAUUUGCUUGCUUUAGAAGAGGAAGAACACUGUACAACUUUGAAUCACCAACAUGGAUUACUGCUUGAACUUUAAGCAGCUUGCAGAAUUUCACUGUCAGCCUUCCUAAGAUACUCACACAGGUUUUGUGUGUGUGUAAAGAGCACAAAAGACAAAUGCACCUAUAGCAUACUGUAUGUGCUUUAUAUGCACAAAAAUCUGUGAGAUGUUUUAGGAGAGGGGAGGAAGGGACUUGAGUAAAGCCUAGGUGACUCGUUGGCAGGUUUUGUUUUGCUUUGUAUAAUCAUAGUUCAUUGCUGCUGGUUUCUAUAAUGAAUCAUCUUGUUAUAUAAAAUGUGAGUUAAUAACUGAGGGCUGUCGAUAUCCUUAUGACUUUGCCUUUCUAUUGUCUUACUCUUAUGAAGAUCUUUGGUUCUGAAGGAGUAAGAGUGUGAAAAGCUUUAUUUUUUUCCAGAUAUCUUUAUAUUUCUAUUGUAUUUUUUAGUUAUGUAAUAUGUGCUACAGAGUUUUUGUUAUUAAACAUGAUCCAGAGAAAUCUAAGAAGAUUCUGUAUGAGCGCAAGAGACUGCCUGAAAGCUGGAAGUCAUCUGUUCAUGCUAUAUGUGGACUGCUUUCUUGCAUGAUAUCCAGAGCUUUCCUGAAGCUGUGAGAAGGUACUCCAGAAUAUAUAUUGAAGUAAUGUGGACGAUGUAAGACAACAUUCCCAGUCCAGAAAGAGGUUGAGUACACUGUUUUCAGAUCCUGCAUGUGUUUUCCUCAUGUUAAUAAACCCGUGCUGUGAGGCUUAUGUAGAAAAUUAUUUGCCUCUUGAGAAAAAAAUCCAGAGGAGCUAUAAGGAUGCAUAGUUCUUAUUGGAAAGUUCCCUUUAGUUGCUGUGAGAAUUCUAAUGUCAGAUAUGUGCCUGCCUUUGAUUCUGGAGAUGGUCAUUAGGAGAGGACUGUGGCAGACUGGUACUGACUUUGAGGUCUUUUAUAUAUGUCCCAUAGUUGAAAACUCUUGAGAGGCUGCUCAGUGUUUCACUAACCUGUGUAUCUCGAGGAAAAGGUUUCAGAUAUAUUUUUUUCAAAAAAGAUAAAAGUCUUUAUAGUACGGUAGGUGCUUGAAAAGAAAUAUACUAACAUAAUGAUGAUUUGGUAAAUGAUUAAAUGCGAUCUGCAGAGUGCUGAAAAACUAUCUGUUCAUCUGCUCUGUAGAGAUGAAGUCGUACAUAGCACACGAUUACACAUGCAUGCAGAUUUCAUGCUCCAUAACUCUUCUCUCUUUAUUUGCCUUUCUCUAACAGUGUGCAUGGAAUAUGCCUUAUUACAGAGUUAUUCUGUUAAUUUGAAUAUGUAGAGAAGUGCCUAUAUGGUAAUGCUAGUAAGGCAAAUAAGAUGAAAAUUUGUACAUGUUUACUAUAUCACCAGUGAGCAUUUUAUAUUGCAAUGUUAAAAAAAAAAAAUCUUAUACCUCAGAAGUACUUCAUCUUUUUACAAUCAACUAAGCAAUUGUUCAUUCUACCAUAGCCACUGAUGGGAACUUUAAAACGAAAAAUAGAUCUAAAAUAUAAAGAGUUUAAGUCCUUAUUUGCCAUUUCUGGUAAUUGUUGGAACACAGGCAAGUUUAUUAAUUUAAUUUGAUAGCUUUAUUUUACAAAUGUAUGGAAAGUUUACAAAGCAGUAUAUAAACUUAUAUCAUUAGUUGCAUUUGCACUAAAUAUGAUGUACUUUUGCGAUUUAUUCUGUAAAUAAAAUUACACUACAGAUACUGUUUGUAAAGAAUACAUUUUACCUUCAGAUAAAAGCACUGGUACUUCACUACAGCUAGCCCGGCCCAAUGGGAGUUGUAAGACUCAUCUUAAAGAAUAUGCAAGGAGUCGCAAGAUUGAGAAAUCAGUUUAAAUUGACCUCCUUAAGAACAAAUUUAAAAAAGGCAGUUCUCCUUAGGCCUCUCAGAUUGCCUGUGUGCAAGUAGCCCCUAGAUCCUUUUUUCUAGAAGGGAUCUUGUUUUUACAGUUUUAUAAAACUUGCCCUGUCUCACGAGCCCCUCCCUUUUUUCAGUCACUGCCACUCAUCUGUGCACUCUUGAGUUUGCUUCUUCCUGCUAAUGGAUCGGAAGUACUUAUACAUCUGUGGUGGUCUCUGCAGAAGUAGCUCUGGACUCUGGAAUGGGUUUUUUUUAUAAGAUGAACAAAUUUGAAGGGCUGAGUACACAGCAAUCAUCUCUAUCAGAUACCACUCUCUAAAUGUCUGUUUGGGGAAUCUGAACAUUCCCAAACUAGAUCUGAAGGAAAUUACUUGAUAGAAUUUUCCUUAGGAAUGAAAGUGAGAUGGUCAUUGUUAUCCUGUCUGAGAACAUGAAUACCUUAUUUUGACAAAUUUAUCUGUGAAGAAUGUGAUGCACUUUGGAAAAAAAAAAUUACCUUUUGCUUCGUUGGGCUGAGCUGGCUUAUCCGAAGUUGUGCGGAUUCUCUUUAAUCAGAUUGUCCACCUGUAUUUUUGUCAAGUUGUACAGAUAACGCUGUAUUUGAAUUGCCACUGUUCAUCUACAGACUUAAAACAUGAAUCAUAUUUUUGAGUACCUUGAGUGUGUAGAGUGUAACUGUUUGUUCUAUAAUAGCUUUAUGAUCCUAAUGGUAAGUUUUAAAGAUUAAAAGAAGUUGGCUCUUCCAUGUUACAAUCACAAAAUUAAAACCAGUAUUUAAAAGUGAAAACUAUUAAAAAUUAUGAAGAAAAA